AUGCCUGUUAUGAAAGGCUUGUUAGCGCCUCAGAAUACCUUUUUGGACACCAUAGCAACGCGGUUUGAUGGAACACACAGUAAUUUUAUCCUUGCAAAUGCUCAAGUAUACCGGGGCUUCCCCAUUGUCUACUGCUCGGAUGGAUUCUGCGACCUUACUGGCUAUGCUCGCACUGAAGUCAUGCAGAAGAAUUGUGGGUGCCGAUUCCUGCAUGGAGCAGAGACCAAUGACCACGUUUCCGUGCAGAUUGAGAAAGCACUCGACAGCAAGCAAGAGUUCCAAGGGGAAGUCCAAUUCUACAAGAAAUCUGGCACUGCAUUCUGGUGUCAGCUUGACAUUGUACCCAUUAAAAAUGAGAAGGGAGAAGUUGUGCUGUUCCUUGUCUCCUUUAAGGAUGUCACAGAUACCCGAGGCAAAAGCCACCAGGGAGACGGGAAGGAAGAGGAAAAGCGCAAGAACAAAAAGAGUAGUGGGUCACAUUUUAGCGUUGCACGCAGACAGGGCAGAACAGUCCUCUACCAUCUGACCAGCCAUCUUCAAAAACGAGACAAAAGUAAAGUUACGCUGAAUAAUAACAUGUUUGAGAAUAAGCCCUCCCUCCCAGAGUAUAAAGUGGCGUCCAUCCAGAAAUCCCGCUUCAUCCUCAUGCACUACAGCAUGUUCAAAGCCGGAUGGGACUGGCUCAUCUUACUGGCCACGUUUUAUGUUGCUGUGACCGUCCCUUACAAUGUUUGCUUCACAGAAAGUGAUGACAGCUCCUCCACUUCCCGCAGCACGACUGUGAGCGACAUUGCUGUGGAAAUGCUUUUCAUUUUCGAUAUUAUCCUGAACUUUCGUACCACUUAUGUCAGUCAGUCAGGUCAAGUGGUUUAUGAUGCUCGAUCCAUCUGCAUCCAUUAUGGAACCACAUGGUUUAUUGUGGAUCUAAUAGCUGCGCUGCCAUUUGAUCUUCUUUAUGCCUUUAACAUCACUGUGACCUCUUUGGUUCACUUGUUGAAGACUGUGCGCCUGUUGCGACUGCUGCGUUUAUUACAAAAGCUUGACCGGUAUUCCCAGUACAGCGCUAUGGUCCUCACACUUCUAAUGUCAAUGUUUGCAUUGCUCGCGCACUGGAUGGCCUGCAUUUGGUAUGUGAUUGGCAGGAGGGAGAUGGAAAUGAAUGAUCCACACACGUGGGACAUUGGGUGGUUGAAUGAGCUGGGAAAACGGUUAGAGAUGCCAUACACAAACAACUCUGUUGGUGGUCCUUCCGUCAGAAGUGCCUAUAUUGCUGCCCUCUACUUCACCCUGAGCAGCUUAACCAGCGUCGGCUUUGGAAACGUUUCUGCAAACACAGAUGCAGAGAAAAUAUUUUCGAUUUGCACCAUGCUUAUAGGAGCUCUGAUGCAUGCUGUUGUUUUUGGGAAUGUUACUGCCAUCAUCCAGCGCAUGUACUCAAGGCGCUCACUCUACCACACUCGAAUGAAGGACCUGAAAGACUUUAUUCGAGUACACCACCUUCCUCAGCAGCUCAAACAGCGAAUGCUAGAAUAUUUUCAGACAACAUGGUCAGUGAAUAAUGGUAUCGAUGCCAAUGAGCUUUUACGAGACUUCCCAGAUGAGCUACGUGCCGACAUUGCCAUGCACCUCAACAAGGAGAUUCUGCAGUUACCCCUCUUUAUAUCAGCCAGUCGGGGGUGCUUGAGAUCACUGUCCCUCCAUAUCAAAACAUCUUUCUGUGCCCCGGGAGAGUACCUCAUCAGACAGGGUGAUGCUUUGCAAGCAAACUACUUUGUGUGCUCAGGCUCAAUGGAAGUCUUGAAAGACAACAUGGUGCUGGCAAUUCUUGGUAAAGGGGACCUGAUUGGUGCAGACCUUUCAACCAAGGGCCGGGUGAUUAAAACAAAUGCUGAUGUCAAAGCGUUAACUUAUUGUGACCUUCAAUACAUCAGUCUGAGAGGCCUGAGUGAGGUAUUGGAACUUUAUCCUGAAUAUUCAAGCAAAUUCCUCGCUGACAUCCACCAUGUCCUGACCUUCAACCUUGAAGAAGGGCGUGAAGCAUUGGGAAUCUCAAAAUUUGCCAAAUCCCCAAGACUUUCUCAGAAUCGCUUGGAGAGCAGUGACAAUUCCAAUAAGAAACUUCCCUCCAUUUUGGAAACCGAGGAUGAACCAAACGAAUAUUCGCACCUCUCACCAGCUACUAAGACACGGAGGAAGCUCACGUUGCCUGGUUUGAACAGCCCAAUCCGACGGGGGUCACUCGGAAGCUUGCUCGGAGAUGACCUCAAGCAUUAUUCGACGAUGAGGCUUGGCAGUCGGUCACCAGGAAAGUGCAGAAGUGGGGGAAGCCCCCAACGCAAGAAGGAAGACAUCGCAUUUAAUGGUGGAAAUAGUAAUGCACGAAAGCCAGCAAAACUACUUCUACCAUCUCUAAACUGCUGUGGACCUCCAGACCUAAGUCCUAGGAUUGUUGAUGGGAUUGAAGAUGAUGGCAAGACAUAUGAAACACCAACAUUUCACUUUGAUGUAGAUCAGAAUUUUCAGAAACCAACCAAAUUCUCUCCAAAAAAAGCUGCAUCUCAGGGGAAUCCAGCUGCAGCAGCCGAGGCACAAGAAAUAAAACAGAACAUCUGCAGACUUAACCAGGAGAUGAAUGACCUAAAUCAGGAGGUAUCUCAGCUUGCCAAAGAGCUUCAUCAUAUGAUGCACCUUCUUCAAAGGCAAUUGUCUGCUCCGCAGCACACCCCUACAAUGAACUGCUCCCCAUAUGUUGUCUCCAUGGUUUCUUCCUCAAUUCCUUCUGUCAACAGCACUGGGAGUGAAUGGCAACCAAGAUGCUCAUAUGCUCUACAGCCAUCUGCUCUACAUGUACAGCCUGGGACCAUCACUGGAGCUCAGCACAGCCAAAGCACCAGAACUCCCAGCUCCUGGAACUUCAACAAUCCUUCAACCACAGCAUGCUAUCCAGGGAGCUCCGUCAGGGCAACAGUAUCGUGCCAAAGGACAGCAGAUGUAGAACUUCAUCAUCCAACAGUGGACUGUUUCCAUACAAUCUCAAGUCCUGUGGUAUCAUUUCCUUAUCAAAUACCUCCAGGUGAUCAGAGAAAGAGCCCAAUACAUCAUUCAGACUUGAAUCGAAAUCCUACUCAAUCUGUGGCAGGCUCUCCAGAUGUUGCUUGGUCAGCCUCACAGAACAAUAGUUGCUCUGUUGCUUCCUCUCCCUCUGGACGGUCUACAUUAAUGUCCCAGAAUCUCAAUCUUUCGACAUCUCCAAACCCUCGUCAUUCUCUGUGUCCGUCUAUUGCCACUAACAACUCUCUGAUUACUGUGAGUCCGGAUCGAUCUGUUUUGAGAACUUCGAGCUCCAUGCAGCCUGUUCACAACUCUUCAAACUCUGUACAUUCGGUCCCAAUCUCGCCAACCACCAGCCCACUUAUUUCAAUCAUCCCAACACCCUAUCAGCCUGAAAACUCCUCUCUGAACAUUUGUCAAUCCUUCGCAGUAAUUCCCAAUCCCAGCCACUCGAUGCUUGGUUCGCCAAGUUCCAAUCAGUGUUUCCCAUCCUCUGCUGUUUCUGGCCUGAGCUCUGUGGAGGAUUUGAUGGGGCUGAACCCUAAGUGCACAAGUGAUGAAUGCACAUCUUGA